AUGUCUUACAAGCCUGGAGAUACAUACUCUAGAACAUGCCAAGAAUGUACCUGCAAGGAUGGCCAGUGGAGCUGUAUAGGUCUGGACUGUCCAGGUACCUGCUCCAUAGAGGGAGGUUCCCACAUCACCACCUACGACGGGAAAGCCUACACCUUCCAUGGAGACUGCUCCUAUGUCCUGUCCAAGCAAAUCUAUGGGAGUGUUUUCACCAUCCUGGGUGACAUAGAGAAAUGUGGGACAACAGACACUGAGACCUGCCUAAAGGGUGUAACCCUGGUGAUUCCACAGUCCAAAACCUCUUAUGGGCUUCGUCUGGAGAUCCAGUUAACACCUAUAAUGCAGGUGUACAUCACAGCUAGCAGUUCCCUUAAAGGAAAAACCCAGGGUCUUUGUGGAGACUUUAACAGCGUCCAAGCCGAUGACUUUAGAACCAUCAAUGGACUGGUGGAAGGAACGGCUGUGACAUUUGCCAACACGUGGAAGACCCAAGCAAGCUGCCCCGAUGUGACCCAGAGCUAUGAGAACCCAUGCUCUCUGAGUAAUUGCAUGUAUGACAGCUGUAACUGUGAGAAGACUGAGCAGUGCAUGUGUGCAGCAAUCUCCUCCUACGUCCACGCCUGUGCUGCUGCUGGCAUCCUGCUGACAGGAUGGAGAAACACCACCUGUGGAAAUUACGCUCAGUGCCCUGACACGAUGGUGUAUGACUACGAUAUGACCAGCUGUGGUCGCACCUGUCGCUCGCUAAGCCAAAAGGACUUUACCUGCCAGGUAGAACACGUGUCUGUGGAUGGUUGUGGCUGUGCUGAGGGAACCUACAUGAAUGACCAGGAAGAAUGCGUCCCUGCCUCAGGCUGCCCCUGCUACUAUGGAGACAAGCCCCUGGACCAAGGAUUUACCAGUAUCAAUGGGGCUCCUUGCACUUGCAGUGGAAGCAAUUGGGAUUGCACCAAUAACGUGUGUCCCGGGACGUGUGCCAUAUAUGGAGAUGGUCAUUACAUCACAUUCGAUGAGAAAAGGUUUAAUUUCAAUGGAGACUGUGAAUACACUCUAGCUCAGGACUACUGUUCCAACAAUCUAAACGGAACCUUUAGAGUGAUCACGCAGAACAUUCCCUGUGGAACUACCGGCACAACCUGUUCCAAGGCCAUCAAGCUCUUCUUGGGGAGCAAAGAGAUUAUACUACAAGAUGAAGUUGUAAAAGUGGUGAAGCAGGAGACCGGGAUAGAUGUGGACUUCAAGGUCCACACUGUUGGUCUGUACAUUGUUAUUGAGGCUGGAAAUGGUCUGAUUCUAAUGUGGGAUAAGAGAACAAGCCUGUUCAUCAAACUCGACUCUAAAUUCAAGGGACAAGUGUGUGGUCUGUGCGGAAACUACGACGGAAAUGGGAAUAAUGACUUCACGUCCAGAAACCAGGAAGUGGUCGUGGAAGCGCUGGCAUUUGGCAACAGCUGGAAAGUGUCUCCCGGUUGCCCCGAUGCUGUUGACAUAAGGGACCCGUGCACCGUGAGGUCGUACAGGCAGUCCUGGUCUCUGAAACGCUGCAGCAUCAUCAAGAGUCCAGUAUUCGCAGACUGCCACUCCCAGGUGGACCCCACCCCAUAUCAUGAUGAGUGUGUCAGGGACUCGUGUGCCUGUGACACUGGGGGAGACUGUGAGUGUUUCUGUACAGCUGUAGCAGCCUACGCCCAGGCCUGUAACGAGGCGGGGACCUGCAUACGCUGGAGAACGCCAGACAUCUGCCACCUGCCAGAAUCCAGAAGGAACAUGCUCAAAACAGAUCCCUGCACUGGAAGAAACAACUACACCCCCAACAUCCACCACUACAGGUACCUCAACGACUCCUCUUACACCCUGUCAGCCUGGUUGUCACUGGUCAGAAACAACUACACCCCCAACAUCCACCACUACAGGUACCUCAACGACUCCUCUUACACCCUGUCAGCCUGGUUGUCACUGGUCAGAAACAACUACACCCCCAACAUCCACCACUACAGGUACCUCAACGACUCCUCUUACACCCUGUCAGCCUGGUUGUCACUGGUCAGAAACAACUACACCCCCAACAUCCACCACUACAGGUACCUCAACGACUCCUCUUACACCCUGUCAGCCUGGUUGUCACUGGUCAGAAACAACUACACCCCCAACAUCCACCACUACAGGUACCUCAACGACUCCUCUUACACCCUGUCAGCCUGGUUGUCACUGGUCAGAAACAACUACACCCCCAACAUCCACCACUACAGGUACCUCAACGACUCCUCUUACACCCUGUCAGCCUGGUUGUCACUGGUCAGAAACAACUACACCCCCAACAUCCACCACUACAGGUACCUCAACGACUCCUCUUACACCCUGUCAGCCUGGUUGUCACUGGUCAGAAACAACUACACCCCCAACAUCCACCACUACAGGUACCUCAACGACUCCUCUUACACCCUGUCAGCCUGGUUGUCACUGGUCAGCCUGGUUGUCACUGCCCCAUCAACUAGCACAGAAACAACUACACCCCCAACAUCUACCCCUACCAUUACCCCAUCAACUACAACUACAGAAACUACUACAUCCCCAAAAUCUACCCAUAUCACAACCCCAUCAACUACAUCUACAGUAACUACUACACCCCCAACAACUACCCCUACCAUUACCCCAUCAACGACUACUACAGAAACAACUACAUCCCCAACCUCUACCAACACCCCAUCAACUACAACUACAGAAACGACUACAUCCCCAACAUCCACUCCUAUCACACCAUCAACUAAUACUACGAUAACAACUACACUCCCAGAAUCUACCUCCACCGUAACCCCAUCAACUACAACUACAGUAACAACUAUACCCCCUGCAUCUACCUCUACCAUAACCCCAUCAACAACUCCAAUAACAACUACAACCUCACCAUCAACCCCUAUGACUGUACCCACUUUAUCUCCAAUAACUACCAAGAGUCCUACCUCUACCACAAACCCGACAUCCACAUCCACACCACCUCCACCCAAAGACUGUCCAUAUGUUGAUCCACCAAGAAAGAAUGGUGAGUCUUGGAAGCCAAACAACUGCUCAACUGAUACGUGUGUGAAUGGUACAAUUAUAAAAACGUUUGUGGCCUGUGGGAAUGUUGACGUGCCUGUGUGUGAAAAUGGAUAUCCACCAGUGAAGGUCUACGACGAGUCUGGUUGCUGCUUUCAGUAUGAAUGUGAAUGUAUUUGCUCUGGAUGGGGAGAUCCUCAUUACGUCACAUUUGAUGGACUAUAUUACAGUUUCCAAGAAAAUUGCACCUAUGUUUUGGUUAAAGAAAUUGUUCCUCGAUAUAACUUCAGGAUUGAGAUUGACAACUACAACUGCGACCCAUCUAGACACGUGACCUGUCCUCGGUCUCUUUUUGUCUACUACAAGUCCUAUACAAUUGUUCUCACUCCUAUCAACACGGAAACAACAACUAGUUUGGUCACCAUCAAUGGUAAGCAGAUCUUCCCCACUUAUUCUAAUGAAGACCUCAUGAUCACCAGCACUGGUGUCCAGUUACUGUUGAAGAUCCCAGCCAUUAAGGCAGAAGUGAUGUUCAGGAGUAUUCAGUUCAGCGUUUCCCUGCCUUACUCCCUUUUCCACAAUAACACAGAGGGACAGUGUGGCACUUGUGACAAUAAUAGGAAAAACGACUGCAGAUCUCCAAACGGUCAGAUCGCUCCGUGUCCUGACACGGCCCAUCGGUGGCAGAUUCCUGAUGCCAAUAAAACCUAUUGUAAACCUGGCCCGCCCCCACCACCACCCCCUACAACACCCCCCUGCCAGCCAGACAGGACAAAGAUCUGUGACAUCAUCAUGAGCCAGGUCUUCAAAUCAUGCCAUGACGUGAUCCCACCGGGACCUUUCUUUGAGGCCUGUAAAUACGAUGUCUGCCACAUGACAAAUAAGACGAUCGGCUGCUCCAGCCUGGAGGCCUACGCCCAAACGUGUGUGGAACAUAGCGUCUGCAUUGACUGGAGGGGAUCAACUAACGGACUAUGUGGAUAUAAAUGCCCUAAACCCAAAGUGUAUAAAGCAUGUGGCCCGGCUAUCCAGCCAACUUGCAAUUCAAGAUACAAUGAGAAGUACAUACAGCCAUGCGAGGGAGUCCCAUCAGAAAAAAACUUUGUGUGUGAUGAAGUCAGGGAGGGCUGUUUCUGCCCCGAGGGAACCAUCUUGUUCAACACAUACUCUGGCACCUGUGUUAAAAACUGUGGAUGCACGGGACCUGAUGGCACCAAUAAACAGCCUGGCGAAACAUGGCGGAGUAACUGCCUUGAGUGUGAAUGUAGCGCUGACACAAUGAGUGUCCAUUGUAGGCCAGUGGUAUGUCCAACACAACAAGUUGUUACUUGUAAGGAGGUUGGUGAGGUGCUGGUCAAGGAAACAGUGGACUGCUGUCAGCAAAACAAAUGUGUGUGUGAUGUGAGUGGCUGUCCAGAACCACCCCUCUGCCCACUAGGAACUGAGCUGAAUACAUCAAAGGGAAGUUGCUGCCUGACUUACACCUGCGUUCCCAAACCUGUGUGUGUCUUCAACAACAAGGAAUAUCAGCCUGGGGAUGUUUGGUCAUCCCCUAGUAAUUCCUGUGUGCAGUAUAAUUGCACAAACAUAAAAGACAAGUUCAUCCCUGUGGAUUCCAAAAUACAGUGUCCAGAUUUCCGUCCAGAAGACUGCAUCCCUGGAACUGAGACGACUGAUGCAAAUGGCUGCUGUGUAUCAUGCACACCAAGUAACUGUGCUGUGAAGAAGAACACCACCUACCUCCAGGUUAAUAACUGCAGGUCUGUUAUACCAGUGGAGCUGGCAGCCUGUGGGGGAGCCUGUGGAACAUCUUCUAUGUACUCUGCAGUGAAAAUGGGCUUGAUGCACUCCUGCUCCUGCUGUCAGGAGUUGUCGACCAGUGUGAGGCAGGUGGAUAUGGUCUGCUCUAAUGGAAAGAAGACCUCUCAGUCCUAUACUUACAUUAAUAAGUGUGGCUGCAGUGUGACUGAGUGUGACGACAAGCACUAAUGUAUUUUAUUCAAUUUACAGUCUUUUAAAAUGAAUGUAAAAACAAGUUUUUAAGUAAAGAGACAGUCUGUGAUUCAAACACAACAGUGAUAUUCAAUUUGAAGAAAUGGUGAAACCAGUCACAGACUGACCCUUUUAACUGUAGGACAUAUUAAACACUUUCAUCUAAAGGAUUUGUCUAAACAUAUUAAACUACUUUAACUUCCAUCUCUACAUUAUUAUAAACCAUUUUUUCUGUUUUUCUAUGCAAACUUAUUAAACCUAUUCAAAGCAUGAA